AUUUUGAUGAUUAUCUAUUUAUUCUGAUAAACCUCAGGAAAUAUAUUUUAUCUAAAUUUUACUCAUUUAUUGUCUCAAUAUAUCAAAGUGAUGAACAGGAACUGCACGGGGUUGAUAUGCUAUUCUAGUAUAUGGGUUGACAUAAUGCCUGUCAUUGAUCUAAAUUAAAGAGGAGUUUGUGAAACUACAAAACUUUUCUCUCCGAAUAAAACCUAUUUUGUGGGUCAACUACUUCCAUUUAGAGCCUAAAAUGACGUGACAUUAAAGAUUGAUAAUUGAAUUUUCAACAACUGUUAGGACCUGAAGAUAUCUCGGUCUUGAUUCGACGCCUCUCGGUUCCUUGAAAAGAUGCUUAGAUCUGUGGUGUUGAAAGUUGUUUUGCUACUUGCAUUGUGUCACCAUGGCAACCCUGAACCAACAUUCCUGAAUGACUUUGCUGUUGAAAUAGAUGGCGACUCUGAUCUUGUGGAACUGGUGGCUGGAAUUUAUGGAUACAGAGUUGUCAAAAGGAUUGAAGAGCUUGGCAAUGUUUACCACUUUCGCCACGACAAGAUCGAGAAGCGAUCAAAGCGUAGCGCUCAUGAGCAUGUCAACAAAUUGUCCGCAGACCCCCAUGUACAACGUGUGGAGCAGCAGCAACUUCUACAUAGAGUGAAAAGAGAGUACCCUAUCUUACACGACAAGCAAAUUGAGCUCCCCAUUAGGACAUAUGACGACAAAUCUGUUUACCAUCGCAUCUAUCCCCUGGAUAAUAAUGGGAAGUUUGUCAGAGGAUCUCUGCCAGAGGAAUUAGCUGAGCGUACAAUGGACUUUAAAGACCCCUUCUACAGUGACAUGUGGUAUAUUACUAACUUGGGUCAAACUGGAGGCACAGUUGGAAGAGAUAUUAACGUAGUAAAAGCCUGGAAGAGAGGCUAUACAGGGAAGGGUGUUGUCGUCAGUGUGCUAGAUGAUGGUCUGGACCACACACAUAAAGACCUGAAGAAGAACUAUGAUGCUGAAGCAAGUGCUGACUUCAAUGAUGAGGAAGACACAAAACAAGAUCCAACACCUCAAAAGAAUGGUGCCAACAGCCAUGGCACUCGUUGCGCUGGAGAAAUCGCAGCGGAAGCCAACAAUAAUGUAUGUGGGGUGGGUGUUGCUUAUAAUGCCAAAAUUGGUGGUGUUAGAAUCCUUGAUGGUCCCGUGACCGACCUACUUGAGUCAAAUGCCCUCCUGUUCAAGAAUCAACAUAUAGACAUCUACAGUGCUUCUUGGGGCCCUAGUGAUGAUGGGACACACAUGGAGGCCCCACAUCACUACACAGCUGCCGCAUUAGAGAAGGGAUCCAAAGAGGGUCGUGGAGGGAAAGGGUCGAUAUUUUCCUGGGCUACAGGUAACGGUGGCCUUAAGGGGGAUGACUGUGGAGCAGAUGGCUACACCUCCAGUAUUUACACUAUCUCCAUUGGUAGCAUCAAUGACGAUGGUCUCAGUGCAUACUACAGUGAGGCCUGUUCAUCCACCAAUGCUGUCAUCUACACAGGGGGAAGCCAUGGUACACCAUUUUCUGGGGAUUAUGACAACCCCAAGAUCAAAGUGGUUACCACUGAUGUAAAUGAUGGAUGUAUUGAAGGUUUUGUUGGAACAUCUGCAGCAGCUCCUUUGGCCGCUGGUUGCUUUGCUCUUGUGCUGGAAGCAAAUCCUGAACUGACGUGGAGAGAUGUGCAGCACAUCAUUGCAGAGACAGCUAGAAUUCCAAACAGAGAGGAGACUGGUUGGGUGAUGAAUGGAGCAGGGUAUCAUGUGAGUCAUAACUUUGGCUUUGGAGCCUUGGAUUGUGGAGCUAUGGUUGCCAAGGCACAGACCUGGAACAAUGUAGAAGCACAGCAUAUCUGUCUGGUCAAUGGCACUGAGGAUCUUGCAGAAGUUAUUGAGAGCAAGGGUGAGGUGACUGCUACCCUGACUACAGAUGGUUGUCAAGACAACCCAGAUGCAAUAAUCACAAAGCUAGAACAUGUACAGGCUCAUGUGAAAAUCAAUUUCACCAGAAGAGGAGAUCUGGAAAUAUUUCUCACAUCUCCUGAAGGUACAACAUCGCAAUUGCUGAAGGCGCGAAAGCAUGAUGACAGUAACGAAACUGUUGACUUCACAUUCAUGACCACCCACAGCUGGGGUGAGAAACCAGAUGGCACAUGGACCCUUAGGGUGAAGGACUCUCCAUCGGAGGAUAAACCUGAGGGCAAUAAGGGCAUCCUAUAUGCCUUUUCUUUGACCUUAUAUGGCACUGCAGGUAACAAGCCUAGUACAUCAAGUAAAGAGACUAGUGCAAUUUCAGAUACAGAAAUAAUAUCAACAAAGAGAUCCAGGAUUUUAUCUCAACAGGAUAUCAGUAACAUUGUCACAGUUGAGGAUCGCGAUGCAGAUGGCCUGGAAGUGAGGGAUAAACGGACAAUGAAUUUGAUACGUUCUCUCAAGGGGAGUGACUCUGAUCGAGAUGAAGUAAACAGAUUGCUAGAGGAUAUGAAUAACAGAGAUAUCAAUAAGAUAUUUGAUCAGCUGGCAGACCAGACUGACAAUAAACGCUUUAACUCAAUUUCAAACUUCAAUACAGCAGGGGAUAACAUGGAAGGAGUUGUAGGAACUCUAGUUGAUGAAGAACAAAAAGGUACAUUUGAAUCUCUUAACUCACCACAUUUAGAUAUAUUUAAAAAGAAACUUGACGAAGAUGGUGAUCUCUCAAAUGGGGAAUAUCCAUCUUGGAUGAAUGCUGAAGGUCUACAAGAUGUAAUAGACCGAAUCGACAGGGUCCUUUUGAAGAAGAAAGCAUUUGAUAUAGAUGCUGUUGGGGAACCUCAGGAAAAAAUUCAAAAUAAUUUAGAAAAGUCAGUUCAGAGAAUAAUGUCUGAAGUUAACAAUGAGAAGCCUUUGCAGAGAGGUCAAGGGUCAAAUAUUGACUCUGGUUCCAUGGGAACGAGUGAAAUGAUUGACCUCAUUGAGCAAAUUCUCAAUAAAAGAGAUAAAAUCAAUAAAAUCAAAAAUGUUUAAACACCCAAAGAAUGUCAGUAAAUGCCAAAGCUUUUCAGCUGUGGAAUGAUUAAGGCAUUAAAAUUACAAAGUUAAAUACUCACCGGGAACCACCAAGAUUGAAUGACUUGGGUGGAAGUGAUUGACUGCAUUUCAUUGAAAAUAUUGAGCCACUCAGAAAUCUAACAUAUGCAACCAUUAUUUGGGUAAGCUGUUUUGUUUUGUGAUUUGCUUCUUUGGUGAGUUAUUGUUUUCUCAUUUAUUUUGUGAUCUGAUGUAUCUAACUUGGAAAAGCAUUCCUAUCAGCUGCAGUAUUGUCUUAACCAUGACUUACAACUAAAGGCUAUUUAAUAAAGUUGCCUUGUA